UCAUAAACUCCGUGUUGUAGUAGCAUCGAUAUAGAGCGAGAAAGAGAGAACAAAAACCAAACAAUAUAGAGAGCGGAAGUGUAGAGAAGUAGAAGAAGAACAAGCUCAGGGAGAGAAGAGAGUAGAGAGAGAGAGGAGAGAGGCUUCGCCUGCAGCUUUGUUGUUUCCGACAUUUUCGAAAACAUUGUUUUGAACACUUUCUCACUCUGCUAACUUGCGCCCAAGCUCUGUGAUUCAGGUGGGGAUGAACUGGUUGUUUAGGGGUUUUUGAAAGGACAUUAGAAUCUAUAAAUAUUGGUUGGAAACAAAAUGGGUGAUACUGAAGAUGGAAAUGUUGAUAUGAUGCAAAGGCUACAAUCUUCUUUUGGUACUUCAUCUUCUUCACUUAGAAAACAACCCAUAAAUCAACUGGACAUACCUCAGUUCAAUACUUCACAAAUUCGUGCUCCGAUGAGACAAUUUUCACCCAAUUUCAAUGUUGAAAGUAGUAAAAGAGUCGGUAUACCGCCGUCCCAUCCCCAAAUCCCUCCUAUUUCACCUUACUCCCAGAUCCCGGUCACCCGGCCGACAAAUCAGCAAGUGGGUUCUCAGAAUUUCAGCCCCGGACCAACCCACUCGCGAUCUUUGUCGCAACCCACAUUUUUCUCAUUUGAUUCCCUGCCCCCAAUGUGCCCAUCACCCUAUCGGGACUCACCAUCGAGUUCUAAUUCGGGACCGGUAUCAACUGAUGUAUCAAUGGAGGAUAGAGAUGCAAACUCGCAUUCUCUAUUGCCUCCCUCGCCUUUUACGAGGGGUAAUUCUUUGAGGGUAGGGGAGAGUCUUCCUCCUCGCAAAGCUCACCGGCGAUCCAAUAGCGAUAUUCCAUUUGGGUUUUCGACUAUGAUGCAGUCUUCGCCGCCCCUCAUCCCGGUAAGGGGUGGCUCUGGUGGUGUAGAUAAUAUGUCUUUGUCUGGUAGAGACAAUUCGGGUGCUAAGCCAAUUCAGUUGGUUAAAAAAGAGACAAGUUGGGAGAAAGGCAGUGAGGGCAACGGAGAAGGAAUGGGUGAGAGGAAAUCAGAAGGAGAAGUCGUGGAUGACCUAUUUUCAGCUUAUAUGAAUUUGGAAAACAUUGAUACAUUGAACUCAUCCGGUACAGAUGACAAGCUGUCUAAUGAGAAUCGUGAGGAUUUAGAUAGUAGAGCCAGUGGAACAAAGACAAAUGGAGGCGAUAGCAGUGAUAAUGAAGCAACAAGCAAUGUAAAUAAAAGUGGCCGUGGCUUGCAGAGGCCAGGUAUGGGUUCUUCGACUGAGAACAGGGAAGGGAUCAAAAGGAAUGCAGGGGGAGAUAUUGUUCCAACCUCCAGACACUAUAGAAGUGUUUCCAUGGAUAGUUUUAUGGGGAAUAUGAACUUUAAUGAUGAGUCCCUGAAAAUGCCACCUUCCCCUGGGAUACACCCUGGACAAAUGUCUCCCAGUGAUUCAAUGGAUGGAAAUUCAAAUACCUUUAGCUUGGAAUUUGGAAAUGGCGAGUUUAGUGGGGCUGAACUCAAGAAAAUUAUGGCAAAUGAGAAACUUUCUGAGAUUGCAUUAACCGACCCUAAGCGGGCAAAAAGGAUUUUGGCGAAUCGUCAAUCGGCUGCUCGUUCCAAAGAACGGAAGAUGCGGUAUAUUUCAGAGCUGGAGCACAAGGUUCAGACAUUACAGACAGAAGCAACCACAUUGUCUGCCCAACUUACCCUGUUACAGAGAGAUUCAGCUGGACUUACAAACCAAAAUAAUGAGUUGAAGUUUCGCCUACAAGCCAUGGAACAGCAGGCACAACUCCGAGAUGCUCUUAAUGAAGCUUUAACCACGGAGGUUCAAAGGUUGAAGCUUGCAACUGCAGAGGUGAGUGGUGACCCCUCCAAGUUUCAGCAGCUUUCCAUUAACCCCCAGAUGUUCCAGCGGCACCACCAGCAGCAACAGCAACAGCAGCAGCAGCAGAAUGGCGGCACAACCACAAAGCAAGACUCGAACCAGUAAGGCUGUAAAGGACAAAGAUGGUGUUGUAGAAGACUUGGAUGCCUCUUUAAUUUUUAUUUAAUAGUAUAUGGUUCUUGUUAUUUUGUUGUAAUUGAAUCCAAUGCAUUCAUUCAUUAGUUUUUGCAUCUUUGACAACGAAGCACAGUAAGGGCGUGGUAAAUUACAGAUUCAACUGUUUAAUUAGGUCAUAGACAAAGCCUUAAUAUUUGUAGCCUUAUAUAUGUUUGGAUUAAGUUCAUUUUGACAUAUUUUGUUGCAAUAGUUGGAGAGUUAAAAAAAACUCUUUUUCAGCUUCACUUGUUCCUUCAAGUAAAGGUUACGUUUUGCUCAGUUUUUCAUUA